GUGGCGACAGUCUGUCACGGGAUUCGGACAGUUACUACAUCCGGGACUCUGGCGUCCCUGGAUACAGCAGCGCGGUCAGUAAACAAGCGAAAACUCCUCCAAACAGAGAGCAGUUCGCCGCGUGAGAGACUGAUUUACUGUGAUAUACAUAUCCAGGCAUGAUUUACUGUAACAUAUAUAUAUCCAGGCAUGAUUUAUUAGAGAUAACAGGUGAGCACUCGCUGUAAAUGUGCUGUUGUGGCUGAUAUGGAGGUUUCUGCGGGUGAUGUGUGUCGGACUCUGGAGCUCCUCACAGCACGAGCGGGUCCGGAGGAUAUUCUGGAGGAGAGCCGCGGCUGUUCGGCGGAGAAGCUGCUCGCUGAUCAAGGUGUUCCAGGGUCUGUGGACCGGAUGGACAUCACAAAGGGUUCUCUGGACGAUAUUUCCCGCCCGGCCUCCAGCGAGAUCAGAAGACUGAGUCGAGAUCGUCCCGGAUCUCUGGAGGUGCUCAGUCCCGAGCAGGUUCACAGCGAGAGGACUGAUCUCUCAGCAGAAGAGCGCUCUGAUCGAGAAGAGUCCGAUGAAGAAGAUGAAGAUCCGGAGUUGAGAGAAGCCAUAAAGAAAAUGAAGAGACUGGACCGGGUUCUGGCCCUCAAGGCGUCGGCGGAGAGAGAGGUGAAGCAGAGAGGAAAGGAGCAGCACCAGAGACUCUGGCAGGAGCUUCAGGCCGCGGCUCUCAGGAGGAGCAGCUACGAGACGGAGAACACACGACGCUUUCUGGCGCUGACACCCAACGACUAUCCGGACUGUGAUGAAGUGGAUGUUGUGCCUGUGUUUGAGACUGAAGUUCUCGAUCUGAACACGAGUCACGAGACGCACGGUCAGCAGCUGACGGAGGGUCAGCCGUCAGACGACAGACCGCGAGGAGCUGCUCGCAGCAAGCGCAGACAAGACUUUGUCAGGAGGAAUAUUGAGCUCGCAGAAGCAUCGGGAAACUCGUUUCUGCUCACGCAACAGGAGACAGAGAGAAUAGAGGAACUGCUGAGAGAUCUAGAGGAAGAGGAGGACGACAGCGAGCUGCUGAAUGAACCGCAGGUGGUCUCGUCGACUCUAUCGGUCGGUGAAGGUUUCGGUCCUGAACCUUCUGAACUCCACAGUCUCCGUCAUAUUGACUCCAGACUGCAGCUGCUACUUCCUGUGCAGGACUUCCUGUCUGUGCGGAGCCCGUCGCAGGGGAGUCUGCAGGAGAACACAGGAGACGGAGAGAGACAGAGACGAGACGAGGAGAGACGUCUGCGAGAAAUCCAGCAGCAGCUGCAGCUCCUGGAGGAGAACGAGCCUGGCGCCUCGGUUCAUUUGUCGGACGAUCAGUUGAGGAAUCUGCUGCUGGAAUGUGAGGAGGACACGAUCCGGUCUCCUGCAGGUUCCUCAUCAGAAUCUUCUCUCAGGACGAGCUCGGCUCUGGGUGCUUCUCCACGUCUCUCCGGCUCGGAUCUGCUACUGGACGCCCGGCACAGCGAGACUGACUCGAAGAAAGAGGCAUGAAAUAUGAAGGAGAAUGUUCUUCUGUUUUCUAUUUUGCUCUGGUUCAUAAUCUAGGUCUUCAUGUUUUAAAGUUGCACAAUAAGUGAGGACAUGAAAGUGUGUUUGUCUUCCAGUCUCUGAUGUGUCUGCCAGCGUCAGCAUCACAAUCAGACUCCAGAACAUCUGAAGUAGAACGUAAGAGGACAAAAUAAAAUGUUCCUUUCAAAAAUCAAA